UAACCCACGUUUGAAUGGAAUAGCCUCCUCAACUCACAUAUAUAAAUACCAAAUAACCUUCUUCAUUUACCUCCUCACCAAUCUUCAACUCCAACCACCUUCUCAACAAACCUAACAAAAAAAACCAUAGCAAUUUCAAUUCAGUUACAGCAAAAAUAAUCACAAUGCAAACCGUUUCAGGUUCAUCUCUCAGUGAGGUUUCUGGAAAGUUCGAAAACGAUUUCUUCGCCAAGCUGAAAAUCGAAGACGAUAAAACCGAAAACGAAGUUAAGCGAGAAAAAGAUGAGGUAGAAGAAGAUGACGAUGAUGAUGAAGAGUUUACUUUCGUUUUCGCAGAUCCUAACGGCUCGCCGAUUUCCGCUGAUGAUGUGUUUGAGAAAGGUCAGAUUCGUCCUAUUUUUCCUAUUUUCGGUCAGGAUCUUCAUUUCACCGACGAUUCCGAUAACGAAUCUGGAAGCCGUUCGCCGGUGAAGAAGAUUUUCGUUGAAUCUCCAUCUUCUUCCGGGAAAGCAACAUCGUCGACUUCCGCGGCGGUGGAAGAAGGGACGUACUGCGAGUGGAAUCCAAAAGUAGCGAAGAAGAGUAACUCGACGGGAUCAUCAAAGUUAUGGAAGUUACGCGAUCCGAAGCUUAGAAGUAACAGUGACGGUAAAGAUGCUUUUGUGUUUUUGAAUCCGGCGAAGGUGGAGAAAGCGAGUUCCGGUGAGACGAAAAACGUGGUGGUAAGGAAGGUGAAAGUGGCGUCGGCGAAGGGGAAACCGGCACCGUCGGCGCAUGAGAAACAUUAUAUGAUGAGUAAAGCGAGGAAGGAAAGUGAUAAACGCAAGUCUUACUUGCCGUAUAGGCAAGAGUUGUUUGGGUUCUUUUCGAGUACUAAUGGAUUGGGAUUGAGUAGGAAUGUUCAUCCUUAUUGAGGAUUUUUUUUGCUAUGACUAGUUCAUGUAAUUAGAUUCAUGUUCUUUUAUUAUUAAUUUAGUUUUUUUU